AUGAUGUUUAUCUCCGACGUUCGGGAUUCAAAAGACGGACAGUCUGGACUCUUUCAUUUUGUCACAAUGCGCUGUGGCACAAAUACCAUCUCAUUAUUCCGUUUUGUACUUUUAUGCUGUGCUGGUUUAUUGUGUUGGAAGUGUACCUAUUAUUUUUUCGGAUAUUCCAACGACUAUGAGUUUCAACCUAGCAACCAAUGUCAUUUACCCUCUUGGAACCAGAAACACACGAAUUUUGUUACCCGUUCCGUGCUUAAUAAUUUUUCCCGGUGGUUAUGGAUGAAAUUGGAACUUUCGAAAGAAAAUAACCAAAAUUACACAUCUAUCAGUAUCUUGGGAGCAUAUGUCUACCCUGACCAAAUUUCCAUAUCUCUAACUUCUCAGUAUACAGUACAACAAAAUCUAUUCUGUCGUUACUAUGACUGUAAACAGACGGAGAUUCCUGGAAGUUCAUAUCGAAGUGUGGUUUUUCCGGAAUCUGUCUUACAUUGUCCUAGAAGAAUUGGAGCCGAGUUCGUGUCGGUUUCGAGGAGUUUGGAUGAAGAAGAAGAAAUUUCAGAACCUGUUAGAUUAACGUUCAGGUCGUUUGAAAAACCACCACAUGAUCUCACGGUUUGUGUGGGUCCGAUGUAUGGUAACGAGUCAAAAUGGCUUCAAAUCGUGGAUUUUGUGGAACAUAUGAAGCUGGAGGGCGCAACUUUUGUAUAUUUUUAUGUGGGAGUAAUAUCAGAUUAUGAUCGUAAAAUAUUGACUGACUACGUUCGAACCGGAGAUGUAGAAGUAAUAGAUUUACACGACAAAUAUGAAAGACCCUAUUACGCAUGGCACCUAAUUACUAUUCAGGACUGCCACUUGCGUGCAAAGUAUCACUCAAAAUGGGUGUCCUUUUUGGAUCUAGAUGAAAGAAUUUCAGGAACUAAAAAUCAAAGUCUUAUUCAAUUACUAAACGUCCAAGAACCCAAUGUCGGGGAGAUUCAACUUCCAGUUUUGAAUAUUAUUAAGUAUGGUGACGUAGCAAAAGAAUUUGAGAAUGUCGUAAAGUUAAAAGAGGAAAUGAUUUUUCGGAAGUGGACAGAUUCCAUUGAUCCAACUUGGAAUGCAUCAAAAGCAAUUGUUAAGCCAGAAAAGAUCGGAAUCAUGUUCAUCCAUAACGCUAUUGCCAAACUACCUGGAGUCAAAACUAUUCAAGUAAACGAAUCACAAGCUGUUGUCAGACACUUACGUAGCACUAAACACCGAGUUGAUAACAACGAUUGGCAUUUGGUCCCUCAAGUCGAUGGGACAUUACGAAAAAUCAUGAAACGACCACUGGAAUCAGAAUUUGCUGAAAAGAUGACAAACGCAAUCGUGCAACGAGUCCUGAAUGUUUACGAUCGAGUUCCGGUGAAAUGUGACAGGAUAGCAAGAUAUCUCUGGGAAUCUCGUAGAUUUCUAGACCCAUGUGAAUCUAUGUCAUCUGUAUUUUAA